GUCUGUCCUGCAGUGUAUUAGUUUUCUCUUCUUAAAGAGCUUCAGCCCCGUCUUCAAAUCAUCCUCGCAGGCUUGGAACUGAAUGCGCUUCUCUGGUACGCGAUCAUGGCCGAAUCUCAGACGAAGGCGGUGCCGACAUCGGACGCCCAUCAGCCACCACCAGAGCAUGAGGCUACCCUAGAACGAAGCGGUGCCAACCACAAUGAUGGCGAUGGCGAUGAGGACAUGUCGUACAAGGACGAUGAGCAACCUCCUCUGCCCUUCUCCAAAGCCCGGUGUAUAGCGCUGGUCGCAACCUUGACAGGUGCCUCGUUCCUCAACACAUUGUCGCUGCAGAGUGUAGUCAUCAUCUUGCCCACAAUCGGCGACGAACUUUCCAUCCCAGAGAGUAGACUGCAGUGGAUCGUAUCGUCGUAUUCACUCGCCUUUGGUUGCUUCCUACUGCUCUGGGGGAGGAUCGGGGAUAUCUACGGCAAGAGGUUGAUCUUCAUCGGCGGUUCGAUAUGGGUCGCGGCAGUGACGGCGGCCAACGCCUUUGUACCGAACGAGAUUGCGUUUGAUCUCUUCAGGGGUCUUCAUGGCUUGGUAAGUGGGCGGUACCAGAUGCUCUGUCAGGGGGAGCAUCACCUUCAGGGACUACGUGGCUGAUGGCGAUGUGAAUAGGGGGCAGCGGCCAACGUGCCCACGGCAAUUGGCAUUCUCGGCGUCACAUUCCCGCCAGGACGAGCAAAGAACUAUGCAUUCAGCACA